AUGAGAGCUUUGAGCCGCUUCAUCCUCGGUGGCUCGCCGGUCAUCGGCUGCAUGGUGGUACAAGACAGGAGAUUGCUGCUCGGUGGCGGCAAGGGCCGGCAGGGUCAGCUCGUCAGGCGCACAACGGUCAUCGCCGACGGCACGUCGCUCCAGUCGGGCACCCUCUUUGACUCGGUCGACUGGCAGGCGAGCGGCGUCCUCCUCGAGGGCUGCGACAUCUUCACGGCCAUCUCAGACUGCCACACGCUCGCGCUCGCUCCUUCGGGUCAGCUCGCCCGUCGGUCCGAUCCUGGCUUCGACGAGCGCAACCGCUCGCUCGUCGCUCGCGCCGCACCUCGCCAGCGCAUCGAGUUUCUGUCGCGCCCUAAUUCGCGCGCUGGCGAGACCUGGACCUACUCGUGGUCGUUCCCUUCUCGCUCCCGGUAUCAGUACUUCUAUUCGAUCCGUGACCUGCGCAGCAACGCCCGCCUCCUCACCUACUCGCGCUCGAGCACCAACCUGCCCGACAACGGCUACCUCAAGACGGGCCUUUAUCGCGCCAUCAUCGAGGGUGCGACGAGUGCGACGGCUAGCUCGGCGUGUUCUCUAGCAAUGCAGGCGUCGCCCUUUGGCUCGACCUCGUCCCGUCACCUGCUCUCGACCUCGGGCCUCGGUUAG